AUGGGUCAAUUCCUGGUGGCUUUAUGGUUCCUCUGGGAAGAAAGGAACAACCAGCUAUGGAAUAAGAAGAAACUCAAAGAAUUUGAAGUGAUGGGUAAAGCAGAAAGAUGGUUAACGGAUUACCUGGACCACCAACAGAGGCAGGUGAGCACACAAGGAAGGGGGGAGUAUCGCUGGAGCCCUCCCUCGACUGUGGAGUUCAAAGUAAAUGUGGAUGUGGCUUGUUUCGAGGAAGAGGGAUCUAGGUUUGGGGUUGUAAUUCCUGAUAACCAAGGCAAUUUCCUGCUGGCUGCGGUAAGGAGAAGACGGACUCAGUGGGUGCUAGAGAUGGUGGAGUGUCGGACAAUCAGUUUGAGAGCGAAUCUAACAGUGGAGCAUGGUUUGGUUCAUUGGCAUAUAGAAAUGGAUUGUCUAAGUAUUGUGCAGAAAAUGAAGAAGGAGGUAGUGGCGAUAACGUAG